CGUUCGCACCCGUCGAGCAGAGGAUAGAAUCUCUCCAUCUGGAGCUGCGCGCUUUAAAAAACCAGCCAAACAUCACCAGCGCGGUUCUGCCCACGCACCAUGCGAGCUGGAGAGAGCCGCCCCGGGCCAUGCUGAACAAGUGUCCGACCCUCCUGCUGGCUCUCACCGCGGUGGCCGGACUUGUCCAGCGAUGCCAGGGCUGGAGCGACGAGGACCUGCUCCUGCCGCCCGCCAACUCCUCCAACAGCUUCCUGUCCAACCUGGAGGUGGACGUGCGCCUGUCCAAGAGGUCCGUGGAGGGGAGCGAAGCCUCGCCGGACGCGUCGCCGCCGCAGACUGUGUCCCAGUGCAACGUCAGCGUCCAGAGACUGCUGCCCGCCUCGCUGGUGGCCCGCUGGGACAGCAGCUUCGGCUUCCAGUGCGACGUGCUCAUCUACACCACCAACAACCACGGGCGGGCUUUUUUCUCCGCUUCCUUCAACCGCGCCAUCUCGCCGGUGGUCAUCGAGCACCUGGGGACCACCGGGGGUCAGCAGGAGUUGAGGCUGUGCGUGGGCUGCGGGCUGUCCCGCUACAGGAGGCUGGGCCCCGCCAGGCAGAGGGGCCAGCAGAGCGGGGACCAGGUCAAUUUCUGCUGCGUGGAUUUCAGCCUCGACGAGCUGAAGGGUGACAAAAGUUGGAGGCUGAACAGAAAACCCAUCGAGUCGACACUUGUGGCUUGUUUCAUGACUCUGGUCAUCAUCGUGUGGAGUGUUGCUGCUCUCAUAUGGCCGGUUCCUAUCAUUGCAGGCUUCCUGCCUAACGGGAUGGAGCAGAGAAGACCCAGGUGACUGACCUGACCUUUGCAGCCUAAUAAUAAUUGUAGCCAUUAUACUCUAAUUGCCAACAUACAUGGAAGACUGUUUAUUGACUCUCCGAGCUCCUCAGAGAACCAAGGUAUGAAUGUAUGACCACGUCAACAAACUUUAUGCUCGGAUCAAUGUGUUUUUGUACAGGCCUUUUAUAGCCUAGAGCAGUUCUUCCCAGCCGACACCCCAAUCGGGAAAAAAAGUCGACGGGCUAACAUAGGAGUGUCCAACUUUAAUGUAUAUUUUGUACUUUUCUUUAGGAACACAAUCCCAAAAAAUGACACACUAGGUCAGGGGUGUCCAAAUUGAGACCUAAGACCUGUAGUUGGUCGGCAGCAUAUUGGUGGAGCAAAAUCCAAGAAAAAAACCCUUUGAAAGUGUGAGCAGAAGCAGUUCUUCCCAACCCACACACCGACCGGGGAAAAAAAAGGUCACACGCUAACAUGGGAGUGUCCAAUUUUAAUGUAUAUUCUAUCAUUAAGUUUGUAUUUUUCUUUUAAGAACACAAUCACAAAAAACGACACCCUAGGUCAGGGGUGUCUAAAUUGAGACCUAAGGUCUAUUUGCAGCCUGUAGUUGGUGGCAGGUUAUUGGUGGAGCAAAAUCAAAGAAAAGAAACCCUUUAAAAGUGUGAGCAGAAACAGUUCUUCCCAACCGACACCCCAACCGGGGAAAAAAAGGUGACGCGCUAACAUUCAAGUGUCCAACUUGUAUAUUUUUUACUUUUCUUUAAGAAAACAAUCCCAAAAAAUUACACACUAGGUCAGGGGUGUCCAAAUUGAGACCUGAGGCCUGUAGUUGGUCGGCAGCAUAUUGGUGGAGCAAAAUAAAAAAUAAAAACCCUUUAAAAGUGUGAGCAGAAACAGUUCUUCCCAACCGACACACCAACCGGGGGAAAAAAAAGGUCACACGCUAACAUGGGAGUGUCCAAUUUUAAUGUAUAAUCUAUCAUUUAGUUUUUUUUUUUUUUUAAGAACACAAUCCCAAAAAACAACACCCAAGGUCAGGGGUGUCUAAAUUGAGACCUAAGGUCGAUUUGCGGCCUGUAGUUGGUGGCAGCAUAUUGGUGGAGCAAAAUCAAAGAAAAAAAACCCUUUGAAAGUGUGAGCAGAAACAGUUCUUCCCAACCGACACACCAACCGGAGAAAAAAAGGUCACGGUAACAUAGGAGUGUCCAACUUUAAUGUAUAUUUUAUCAUUUAGUUUGUAUGUUUCUUUAGGAACACAAUCCCAAAAAACGACACCCCAGGUCAGGGGUGUCCAAAUUGAGGAUUGUGGGCUAUUUGCGGCUUGUAGUUAGUCAGCAGCAUAUUGGUGGAGCAAAAUCGAAGAAAAAAAACACUGUUAAAAAUGUGAGCGAAAACAGUUCUUCCCUACCGACACACCAACUGGGGGAAAAAGUUCACGGUAACAUAGGUGUCCAACUUUAAUGUAUAUUUUAUCAUUUAGUGUGUAUUUUUCUUUAAGAACACAAUCCCAAAAAACGACACCUGAGGUCAUGGUUGUCCAAAGUGAGGCCUGAGGUUCUAUUUGCAGCCCGUAGUUGGUCGGCAGCAUAUUGGUGGAGCAAAAUCUAAGAAAAAUAACCCUUUAAAAAUGUAAACAGAAACAGUUCUUCCCAACCGACACACCAACCGGAGAAAAAAAGGUCACGGUAACAUAGGAGUGUCCAACUUUAAUGUAUAUUUUAUCAUUUAGUUUGUAUGUUUCUUUAGGAACACAAUCCCAAAAAACCAAACCCCAGGUCAGGGGUGUCCAAAUUGAGGACUGUGGGCUAUUUGCGGUUUGUAGUUAGUCAGCAGCAUAUUGGUGGAGCAAAAUCCUGGAAAAAAAACGCUGUUAAAAAUGUGAGCGGAAAUAGUUCUUCCCAACCGACACACCAACCUGGGAAAAAAGGUCACGUAACACAGGUGUCCAACUUUAAUGUAUAUUGUAUCAUUUAGUUUGUAUUUUUCUUUAAGAACACAAUCCCAAAAAACGACACCUGAGGUCAUGGUUGUCCAAAGUGAGGCCUGAGGUUCUAUUUGCAGCCCGUAGUUGGUCGGCAGCAUAUUGGUGGAGCAAAAUCUAAGAAAAAUAACCCUUUAAAAAUGUAAGCAGAAACAGUUCUUCCCAACCGACACACCAAAAGGGGGAAAAAAGGUCACACGCUAACAUGGGAGUGUCCAAUUUUGAUGUAUAUUCUAUCAUUUAGUUUGUAUUUUUCUUUAAGAACACAAUCACAAAAAACGACACCCUAGGUCAGGGGUGUCUAAAUUGAGACCUAAGGUCUAUUUGCAGCCUGUAGUUGGUCGGCAGGUUAUUGGUGGAGCAAAAUCAAAGAAAAGAAACCCUUUAAAAGUGUGAGCAGAAACAGUUCUUCCCAACCGACACACCAACCGGGGAAAAAAAGGUGACGCGCUAACAUAGAAGUGUCCAACUUUAAUGUAUAUUUUGUACUUUUCUUUAAGAACACAAUCCCAAAAAAUUACACACUAGGUCAGGGGUGUCCAAAUUGAGACCUAAGGCCUGUAGUUGGUCGGCAGCAUAUUGGUGGAGCAAAAUAAAAUAAAAAAACCCUUUAAAAGUGUGAGCAGAAACAGUUCUUCCCAAACGACACACCAACCGGGGAAAAAAAAGGUCACACGCUAACAUGGGAGUGUCCAAUUUUAAUGUAUAUCCUAUCAUUUAGUUUGUAUUUUUCUUUAAGAACACAAUCACAAAAAACGACACCCUAGGUCAGGGGUGUCUAAAUUGAGACCUAAGGUCUAUUUGCGGCCAGUAGUUGGUGGCAGCAUAUUGGUGGAGCAAAAUCAAAGGAAAAAAACCCUUGAAAAGUGUGAGCAGAAACAGUUCUUACCAACCGGGAAAAAAAUGGUCACACGUUACCAUAAGAGUGUCCAACUUUAAUGUAUAUUUUAUCACUUAGUUUGUAUUUUUCUUUAAAAACACAAUCCCAAAAAACGACACCCGAGGUCAGGGGUGUCCAAAAUGAGGCCUGAGGUUCUAUUUUCCGCCCGUAGUUGGUUGACAACAUAUUGGUGGAGUAAAAUCAAAGAAAAAAAACCCUUUAAAAGUGUGAGCAGAAACAGUUCUUCCCAACCGACACACCAACCUGAGAAAAAAAGGUCACGGUAACAUGUUUCUUUAGGAACACAAUCCCAAAAAACGACACCCCAGGUCAGGGGUGUCCAAAGUGAGGCCAGUGGGCUAUUUGCGGCCCGUAGUUGGUCGGCAGCAUAUUGGUGGAGCAAAAUCCAAGAAAAAAACACCAUUCAAAAUGUGAGCAGAAAGGAGCGAAAGGACGAAACGCAUUCAGAAAUAGCUGAACGUUUAAAACAGAGGAAGCUCAAUUUACAAUUGACAAACUUUUUGAUGAAGCCAAUUAUGCCUCCAUUUUCAAACCAUGUCUGUGUACGAAUACUUUGUUCAUUCAUUUUGUGACCCGCCUGCAGCCAUUUUCCCCGUUUUUAAAACUACUUUGAUAAAAAGAUAGGCGAGGUGAGCUAAUGGUGUUCAAUUUAUGAGUGGCAACAAUUCACUUGGACUUUAUUUACCAAGAACAUUUCCACCCAAACAGCAUUGUCAUCGUUAUUUCAUGGGAAUUUCUCAUUAAAUCAAGGCAUGCUGUCUGAAUUGAACAGAAUAAAAAAAUGUUUUUUUCAAGCAUAUUUAACUUUUUUACCUAAAUCAGGGGUGUCAAACGUAAAAAUAGGUCUAAAAUGAAUUUGACACCACUGCCGUAAAUCAAGCAUUUUCAAGCAUAGGUACACUGCUCAGUACCGUAGCCACUGAUUGACUCAGCCUCAGACAGCGUUACUUUAUUGGAGUUAAAGCGCGUAAAGGUGACUAAAGUGUAUUAUUUCAUGUCUAGAGUGCUCUCAUAAUGUUGAAAAACAUGUUUAGAAGGUAGUGAACAGAUUUUUUCUAAUGCUUAAUGCUAAAAUAUUUGACUUACAAUGAAUGAUUCCUACUUUUCAUUUAUAGGAUGGAUCGGAUAGUUAAGCUAUUUGUGUGGUAACGAUUAAUUUGGACUUUAUUUAGCAAACACAUUUCCACCCAAACAGCACAGUCAUUGUUAUUUCAUGGGAAUUUGUCAUUAAAUCAAGGCAUGCUGUCUGAAUUGAACAGAAUGGAAUAAUUGUUUUUUAAGCAUAUUUAACUCUUUCACCUGAAUCAGGGUGUCAAACCCGCGGAUGAGUUUGCUAAGUAUACAAAUUGGGCCGAAAUUUUUGAAUGAAAGAAACUGCUGUCCACUAGAUGUCACAAUAGCAGUUCUUUGUAGAUUUUGCUAUAUAUGUCAAAAAAUGAAUAAAACACAUUAUGUUAGUGCACCAGUCAAGAAAAUGAGCAAACUACAUAUAUAACAUCCUGUAUUUUGAUUUUGAUAUUUUUUUUUUUAUCUUGAUAGAGUGAAAAUUAACAUCAAUGAGUUGACUGAUGAACAUUAUCACAUUAUUUAUUUAGAAAGUAUAAAUAACGACAAAUAAAGGUAGAGUACUAUUAGCCGCAACAUGUAAGUGUAAAAAAAACAACCCAACAACAUUAUGAUUUGUACAUUUUCAGAAUGUCCUUGUUUUUAUUUUUAAACCAAGAAAACAAUCUGAAGAUGUCUUUAUUUUUAAGUUAUCGUGUAGUGAUUUUACCAGUCCGGCCCACUUGGGAGUAGAUUUUUCUCCAUGUGGUCCCCGAUCUAAAAUGAGUUUGACACCCCUACCCUAAAUCAAGCAUUUUCAAGCAUAGCCACGCAGCUCAGUACCGUGGUCACUGAUUGGCUCAGCCUUAGGCAGCAUUAAUAUAUCAGAGUAAAAGAGCGUAAAGGUGUCGAAAGUGUGUUGAGUAAUGUUUAGAGGGCUUUCAUAAUGUUGAAAAACACAUUUAGAAGGUAGUGAUCAGGUUUUUUUUAAAUGCUUUAGCUGUUAAAAUAUUCGACUUAUAAUUAAUUCCUGAUUUUUAUUUAUAGAUAGAGAUAGAUAGUACUUUAUUGAUUCCUUCAGGAGAGUUCCUUCAGGAAAAUUAAAAUUCCAGCAGCAGUGUACAGAGUUGAGAUCAAUUUAAAUAAAAGUAAAAAGUAAAUAAUGGGGGUUUAAAUGGAAACACAAUAGAGAAAUGUUACAAUAAGAAUAAAAACUAAAAAGCAACAAUGGGAAUAAAAAUAUAACAGUAAAAUAAGAAUAUAACAAGACAAAGUAGGCAGUAGUGACCAUGUUAUGAAAACGUAUUGCACUGUUAUUGUUUUGCAUCCCCUGUCAUCCUAGUACCCCCCCC